CUCUCUCUGUUUCCUUUCUUCAGAUCUGAGCAAAUUCACUCUGAUUUUCUGGCUUUUUCCCCCUUUUUUUAAAAUUGUUUUUGGGUCUUGAUAUGGAUGUGUGAAUAAUGGGUUUUGUUGAACGUGAUUUUUGGUUAUCUGGGGCUGAAUUAACAGUGGUUGGUUGUUUCUUGCAAUGUGGUUUCUCGUAGACUUUUGAGUGGAAUGAAACCAAUUUAUGAUCUUCACUCGAGAGUUCUAAAAUCUGGAAACGGGCAAGGUUGUAACUGAAAGGUUGGCCAAGGAGGUUUAGUUUAAAAGGCUAUGGUUCUGGAUAACAUUAUAUCAUCUCCUCAUCUGAGGUCUCUGUCUUUCCGGAAGCAAUUCCUGCGGGAUGAUUUGGGUAGUUGGUCAACACUCUUUGAGAGGCAUCGUUUCCUCUUAACAGCUUUGGUUCUUUUGGCUUUCCUGUGCACAAUUUAUCUUUACUUUGCUAUUACUUUAGGCGCCACUGGAUCAUGUUCUGGAUUGACGGGAAAACAGCAAGCAUUGUGCCGCAUAGAAGUGGCAAAGGCAUCAGUGAAAGGAAAAAUGAAAUUUUUCUAGCACAUAGACAACCAAAGCAAUUACUUGUGUUUUCUUGUUCCUUUCUCACUUGGAGGGGAUGCUUGUACUCGUUAUUGGUUACUGUAUUCAUGAUAGAAUUUGUCUUGAUAUAGUUUGAUUACAUUGAAUCAUUAUUAAUGUGAAAAUCAUUUUGUAGUUGGUAUUUCCCCCUAUUACCAGGACAUGCUGUAACACCAUCACUUGUUUAAAAUUAAAUAAAUUUAUAAAGUUCUAAUUA